CCUGGUACUCCUCAGCAGAAGCCCAAGCGUUUACGGGUGUUAGCCGACGUGUCGGGCAGCAUGUACCGCUUCAACGGCGUGGACGGCAGGCUGGAGCGCUCCAUGGAGGCCGUGUGCAUGGUCAUGGAGGCGCUGGAGAACUACGAGCACAAGUUCAAGUACGACAUCGUGGGUCACUCAGGCGACGGAUUCGACAUCGAGCUGGUCAGAGCGGACAAAAUCCCGAAGAACAACAAACAGAGACUCAAAGUCCUCAAGAUGAUGCACGCACACGCUCAGUUCUGCAUGAGCGGCGACUACACUCUGGAGGGCACAGACGCCAGCAUUAAGGAGCUGUCACGAGAGGAGGCCGACGAGCACUUUGUGGUGGUGCUCAGCGACGCCAACCUGGAGCGAUACGGCAUCCGGCCCGAACGUUUCGCCCAAGUCCUGACCUCUGACCCGCAGGUCAACGCCUUCGCCAUCUUCAUCGGAUCCCUCGGCGAUCAGGCCGCGAGACUCCAGAAGACGCUUCCAGCGGGGAGAUCCUUCGUUGCCAUGGACACCAAGCAGAUCCCCCAAAUCCUGCAGCAGAUCUUCACAUCCACGAUGCUGUCCAGUGCCUGAGACUAAAAGCAACAAACACACACUCACCUCUUACCUCAUUUAACCCCUAAAACUCUGCUGGGACAGUCGCUGGCUCCAGUGUUUCAGCCACAUGUUGCUUAAAUCUGCUGAACUCAUUUUA